AUGCUUCUCGGUGACCGGUUUAUCACUGUUCCAUGUCUAUAUAGUCUUGUCUGGCUUAGAGCCCUCUUUCAUUCCGGUCGUGGCAGAGAUGAUUUUCUAGCUCGAUGUUAACACAACUAUCUGUACCAGUAUCUUAAGCCCACUAACGAAUCCAAUCAAUCCAUAGACGCACGACAAGUUUUGAUGACUCAUCACCAAAUCAAUUUAGUACCU